AUGUCAGACACCUACCUGGCAAAACUCCUGGAAGGGCUCAGCAGCCUUCGCUCGCAGAGCGCACUGUGUGACGUGACGCUGGAGGCCGAAGGGGUUUGCUUUCCAGCCCACAAGAUCAUUUUAGCAUCAGCAAGUAAUUACUGCAAGAUCCUGUUUGUUGGAAACUUGACAAGAGUGGGGAGCCUGGAUAGUAACAUCCAGUUGAAAGCCGUCAGUGCUGCCGGGCUGAGGAAUGUUCUCAACUUCAUUUACUCCAACAAACUAGACCUCUCAUUACAGAAUAUCGAGGAGACCUUCAAAGCCGCAGAAACCCUCCUGGUUCGGGAGGUGAUCAAGCUGUGCUUUCGCUUUCUGGAGGGUUGCUUGAACUGUGAGAACUGCAUGGAUGUUCUUAACAUCGCUAAAAAACUUGGCCCAGCAGAGCUGAGACAGAAAGCCAUGUGCUACAUAGGGCAGCAUUGCAAACAGAUCCUGGCUGAUCCUCAGUGCUUGAAAGACCUGGACCGAGGAACCCUUUGUGAAAUUUUAGACAGGACUGACACCGAGGGAUGCAGCGAGCUGGAGCUGUUCAGAGCCACUGUGAGCUGGCUGCAGCAUGACCGCAUGCGGCUGAAAGAUGCAGCAGAUAUUUUAAAGCGCAUAAGAUUCCCUCUCAUUCCUUUACGGGAUCUGCAGAGAUACGUCCAGGAAACACCUCUUAUGAGGCUGGAUUCAGGCUGCCACAGGUACCUGCAGGAGGCUCUGAAUUACCACUCCCAGCUGUAUGCGCAGCCAGUCAUGCAGACCCAGAGCACGAGCCUCCGCUCCAGUUCCACCAUGCUGCUUGUUGCUGGUGGCAGAACCGCCGACAACUGCGUGUGCAGAGAGAUGUGGGCUGCAGACCAGAGCUGCAGCACCUGGCACAAGGUCGGGGACCUCUGUGUGCCAGUGUACAACCACUGUGUCGUCAUUAUCAAUGACUUCCUCUUUGUCAUUGGGGGACAGUGCAAAUUUGAUCCCAUGGGAAAGCAGCCAUCAAAUGAGGUUUUCCGAUUUGAUCCCCGCAACACUUCGUGGCUCCAGGUCGCCAGCAUGCUGGAGAGGCGGACACGCUUCUACGCGGAUGUACUGUCUGAUCGCAUCUUCGCCGUGGGUGGUGGGACACUGCUGGGGACCCUCACCCGCACCAUGGAAUUGUACCAGCCCGCUGACAACAAGUGGGAGUUUGCAGCCCCUUUCCCCAUGCCUGUUGCUGAUCACGCAGGCACAACCCACAAGGGAAUCCUCUAUAUUUCAGGGGGCUUUUCUGGGGGUAAAACCUUACGAGACACUUACAGCUACCUCCCUCGCCUCCGACGCUGGAUUGGCAACAGUGCCAUGGCUUUUACCCGCUGUGAUCACGGGAUGGCUACAGUCAGGGACAAGAUCUUUUGCAUUGGAGGAAGGACACUAAAAGGAGCGGAGGAAUGGAUUCACGUCAACGAGACAGAGUAUUAUUGUCCUGUAAGCAAUCAGUGGACAACGCUAACACUAUCCCCAUUCAACUGCUGCCAGUUCAGCAUCACAGCCCACGAGUCUACGCUCUACCUCGCAGGAGGUGGGUCGCUGCAGCACAUGCAGAAAGAAGACAGCGUUUUCCUGUAUGACACAGAGGGGCGGGUAUGGAAGAAAGCUAGUCCCCUGCCUAAAGCUCUGGUGGAUCAUGCCUCUUGCAUGAUUAAACUGUCCCAAGUGAAUGCAGCUGGUGAGAUAGGGAGAGGCACAAAGCGCUUCCCCACGGGCAGAAGUAAGAAAUCUACCCUCAGCUUGUUCAUCACAAAGAAACAAGAGUCCCACUCUGCCUCAGAAAAGAAGUAGGAUGUGAAUACGUCAAGCAGAUCUGACAGUGUUUGCCAAGACAUUAGUAUUUUAACAACUCUUCUAGUUGCCAGCCAAACAU